CUUGCUUCAUCUUGAAGGAAAACUCUCAAGCGAAUACCAGCAACUAAAUAAAGUGUAAAAUUUACACUUCUCUUCGCACAACUCUCCCUCCCUCACUCUCACGAGUCAUGAGUACAACAGCCCCCUUCCCUCUCAUCCUCAGGUUCUCUCUUCCCACAAACCACCAAAGCCACCGAGCCACUCAUCACUCUCAGGUUCGUCGGCGUGAUUUGUCUCCAGCGCCGCCGCUACUCCUCGACGACUCGACCUCCAUCGUCAUCGACUUUUCCACCGAUUAUCAGAGUGUGAAAGUUAGCACUACGGUUUCUCUCUCUCUCUGAAUGGCGAAAUCGGGUUCGGUUGAAAUUCGAACAAGCUGUGACCAUCUGGCCUCUCUGUCGUCCGACCUCGCUCACAUUCCCGCACCCGAUACUCCUUGUUACAGGUGCCAACACCCAAAUGAGAACUGGUUAUGUUUAAGCUGUAAGGACGUGCUUUGUAGCCGUUAUGUGAACAAACAUAUGAUGCAGCAUUUUCAACAGUCAAAUCAUUGCCUGUCACUCGGCUACGGUGAUUUGUCAGUUUGGUGUUAUUCCUGCAAUGCCUAUUUGGAUGCUCAAGUGAUUAUGCAACUGCGGCCUGUUUAUGAGACAGCCUACAUUCUGAAAUUUGAUAUGAAUUCAAAGAAUGAAGAAAAUGAUGAGUAUGGUGAUACAGUUUCAAGUGCUCCAAAAAGAAUGGGAUGUAGGACUUCUUCUAUAUGGUCGGAUUUUGAAAUAUUACCUAAAGGUCUUGAUGGGAAAGAGAGAGCAAAGUGUAAGAAAUGCCAAAAUUCUUUUGUUGCCGAUUCUAGUGGCACUACUUCUUUGUUGCGUCAUAAAGCAAAAUGCCAUGAGGUUGACAAUCAAAUUGUGUCUCGUCAGCUUUUAGAUCAAGCUACGUAUAGGGAAAUGGUUGCAUUGGCAAUCAUUAGGCACAACUAUCCAUUCUCAUUUGCAGAACAUGAGAACAAUAGGUUGCUUCAUUGUUAUCUGAAUCCUGAUGUUAAGACUAUAUCUAGGAACACUGCAAAAUCGGAUGUGAUAAAAAUAUACAAGAGAGAAAAGGAAAAUUUGAAACAUGAUUUAAAGUCAAUUACUGGGAGGUUCUGCUUAUCAUCAGAUUUAUGGUCUUCACCUAACACUGAUGAGUACAUGGUUCUUACAGCACAUUAUGUUGAUGAACACUGGGUGUUGCAGAAGAAAGUUUUGAGUUUUUCUCAUGUGCCACCUUCAUGUGGUGGUAUUAUAUUGGCAGAGAGGUUGUUAGGUUUGUUGAAAGAGUGGGGCAUUGAGAAGAGGGUAUUCACCAUUACUUUAGAUAAUGUUUCAUAUAAUGAUACUUUGGUGAGUCAUUUAAAGAGACACCCUUCUUUUGGACCUUGUUUACCUUAUGGUGGUGAGUUCUUUCACGUGCGUUGUGGUGCACGCAUAUUAAACCUUAUCGUACAAGAUGGAUUAAAAGUCAUAAAUGAGACAGUGUAUAAUUUACGUGAAAGUGUUAAAUAUGUGAGAGGUUCGGAUCAUACGAAGUUCAAGUUUGCUCAAUGUCUUUCAGAGCUUCCUUUUUUGACAAGUAAGAAAGUAUGCCAAGUCCCAACAAGAUGGAACUCAACAUACUUGAUGAUUGAGACUUGUCUUAAGUAUCGAGAUGCAUUUUCUCACCUAAGUAGGAUUGAUAAACACUUUCUCAAUUGCCCUUCAGAGGAGGAAUGGGAAAGGGUGGAGAAGAUAGUAAGGGUUUUGGAACCAUUUUAUGAUAUCACCAAGCUUUUCUCUGGGACAAACUACCCCACAGCCAACUUGUAUUUUCAUUAUGUUUGGAAAAUUCAGUUGCGUAUUAUGGAACAGUUAGAAGAUGAUGAUGCGAUAAUUAGAGCAAUGGCAAAAGAAAUGAAAGAAAAUUUUGAUAAAUACUGGGAGUAUUACAAUCCUGUGCUAUCAUUUGCUGUCAUUUUGGAUCCUAGAUACAAGUUGCAAUGUGUAGAAUUUUGUUAUGGCAAAUUGUAUAAGCAGGAAGCAAUAUCUAUGGCAGCGAAUCUUCGUGAUAAAUUGUAUGACAUCUUUGAGAAAUAUAAGAAUUCUACUAGUGAUAUCUGCAAUAUGGUUAGAGUCGCAUCCAGUAGUGGUGGAGUGUGUAGUCAUUUUGAUAGGCAUGAUGAUUUUUCUGGUUUUGAGACAUAUACGAGUCAAUUUAUUCGUUCAGAUUCAAGCAAGUCACAAUUGGAUUUAUACUUGGAAGAGACUCGACUUAACCAUAGGUUUCACGAGGAUUUGGAUGUUAUGGGGUAUUGGAAGUCUCAUAGUCAUUGUUUCCCAGAACUUUCCUUGAUGGCACGUGAUAUUUUGAGCAUUCCCAUUACUACUGUUGCCUCGGAGUCUGCAUUUAGUAUUGGUGGCCGCAUUCUUGAUAAGUUUCACAGUUCUCUUUUGCCACAAACUGCAGAAGCUUUGUUAUGUGCUCGUGAUUGGCUAUAUGGAGUACCAGCUAUACAUGAUUUUGAGGAAGAAAGCCUCGUGGAGGAUUUUGGCAACUUGUGCCUAUCUCAAUCUAGUUCAUAUGUUGAUGAGGAUUAGGUGAAAGGAAGCUAUUUUAAGAUGGCCAUUGCUUCCAUUGUAUCCUUCUAUGUGUUUCCGGCAAAACCUUAUGAGCUAAUGGGGGACCGCUUCCCUGAAAGUAUUUCAUGAAGUCAGUGUUUUGCAUAGUGGGAGCUUUGUUUAUUGAGUAUACAACUUCUGGGUCUGUUUAUUGAGCUUGUGGGUUUUGGAGGAUAAUAUGACUAAGAUGGUCAGAUAUCUUGCUGUGACAAGUUUUGUACUUUAUUGUAUUUCAUGAAAUGGAACAACAUAGGCUAACAAAGGUCACAGGUUUUUUUUUUUUUUUUGAAAACUGGCCAGUUUUGAUAUAGAUACUAAUGUAUGAUUCAUAAACCCUGUUGUCUUUAGUCUGCUAUUUGUGCUUCAGUGCAAUUUAGUUUUCUGGUUUCAUGUAUAUAGUAACUCGCAUUCAUGUUGAACACCAAAGCACAUUUCUAUGCCUAUGAUUCACAUGGCUUAAAAGCUGAUUCGUCAAUGUCAAAUUAUUAAUCACCGGAUUUUAAAUUAAAUGUUGU